ACCAAGAGCAGCAGGAUGAAGGUGAAGUGGACUCAUCUGGGCCUGGUCUUCUUCCUAAUGCUGUCCAUCAUCAUGACCGGCUGCUUUCUCUGGCAGUAUCACCUACCAAAGCUAAUGCCAGACGAAGUUUUGGGGAAAAACUCCAGAUCCGAGAAGAUGUGUCCUCGUUUUCCUGAGCCCACUCCACUGGAGCAUCCCAUCCCUUACCUGAAGGAGGCGCUGGAGAAAGUGGACGCUUUGCUCCGACAGAGCGCCAACCCCACCGGCCUCCCAGCGAUGUCAGCCAUUGUUAUUUACAACGACACUGUGCUGUGGACGGGAAACUUCGGCAAGAGGAACGGGAGCGACCCCAAUUCAGCGCCUCCAAACGAGUACACCAUCUACAGGAUUGCUAGCCUGUCCAAGAUUUUCCCCACUCUGAUGCUCUAUCGUCUGUGGGAGGAUGGUAAAGUGGCCUCAUUGGAUGAUCCGUUGGAAAAAUACGUGGAGAAUUUCACCAUCAAAAACCCGCUGGGCAAGAGCAAAGACUCAGAGCUGAAGUAUGUCACCGAUGGCCUGAUCUUUCUGGACAGUGGUGAGGUCCAGAUCCGCUCAUCCUCCGUCACUCUGAGGAGAAUGGCCAGCCAGCUCUCCGGUUUGCCUAGACGACUUCGGGCCACUAACCUGCUGUGGAAAGGCAAGACUCAAGCUGCGAUCAAUCUUCUACAGGAUGACGUGCUGGUUGCAGAUCCAGGAACCAAAUGUCACUACAGCAACUUGGCUUUCUCCUUGUUGGCUCAUGUCCUGGCGGAGAGAGUGGCGCGAGUGAACUACCAGCGCUGGAUUUCCGACAACAUCCUGGACCGGCUGGGGAUGGAGGACACUGGCUUCGACAUCACCCCCAGCGUUCAGGGUCAGAUGGCCGUCGGCGUUUACGUCAGCGGGCAGCCCGCACCGCUUUACGACCUUGGCUGGUAUCGCCCCUCGGGUCAGAUGUUCUCCACAGCAGCUGACCUGGCCAAGCUGGCCAUGACACUUCUAGGAGCUUAUCACCGGAAGCUACUGGAACCAGACACGCUGAAGAUAAUGCUAACUCCUCUGUUCCGCUGCGAUAAGGACUAUUUUGCGAACCGCACAGGAACACCGUGGGAGGUCAACGAGCAGCUUGGCUACGAGAUGGUCCGCAAAGACGGCGACCUGGACGGCUAUUCUGCCACCUUCUCCUUGGUUCCCCGCCUCAAACUCGGCUUGGUCGUCUUAAUGGCUGGAAGCAGACCUCAAAACCAGGACAUAGUGGCCAAGGCUUAUUCGUACAUUAUUCCGGCCAUGGAGAAAGCCUUCAGAGAUGCCAAACGGGUUCUUGUCCCUCCACCAAAUCCUACACCAUACGUGGGGUUCUACACAUACGGCAACAUCACCUUCUAUGAGAUCAAAGCAGGACCGGGUGGAGUCCUCAUCAUGCAGCAGUUUGGCCCUCAAAUCGAAGACCUUAUUCCUGAAAGAUAUCGGACCAUAAAGCUGAACUACCUGGUGGAUCGAGUCUUCAGGGUUGUGUUCGAGAAAGAAUACCCCUGUGUCUUACACGUCGGCUCCGCCUCCGUCUCCUUAGAAGCCCAGGAUGGGCAGCUGUUCAAUUUCUAUGUGUUUGACAAAAGAGGGAUUUCUCCUGGUUUUGACGCUCCAGGUCUGAACACUUACAACGUGGUCCGAAUAGCUCGAAGACCCACGUUUUCUAACUGA